GCAUUGGUUUGAUAUCAGCUGGAGCUUACGAUGUUAUUGUCGCCGGUGGAGUAGAAUUCAUGUCGGACGUUCCAAUCAGGCUUAAUCGUAAAAUGAGAAGUUUGCUGAUGAGAGCGAAUAAAGCUAAGUCUGUUCCAGACAAAUUGAAACUACUCUCCACUUUUAGACCAAAUUUCUUAGUUCCAGAGUUACCCGCUGUAAGUGAAUUCAGUUCAAACGAAACCAUGGGUCACUCAGCUGAUCGAUUAGCAGCCGCAUUUAAGAUUUCUCGUGAAGCGCAAGACGAAUAUGCUUUACGGUCUCACACAUUCGCUCAGAAAGCUUUCGAAAAUGGUUACUUGACUGACAUCAUUCCAUUCAAAAGUAAUUACUGUCUUUUUCCACAUUUUCAAAUAAUUGUGGCAUUGAAUCGGAAGAAGGACCAUUUAAUUGAUUUUAAUUUUCGAGAUAUGAGCAAUUUUGGGUUUUUCUUCUACUAUUUUUAA